AUGGGUGCUGUCCUAGAUCAAUGGAAGUCACACGUGGAGAUGGGGUCCAUUCAUGUAGAUAAAACCAACUAAUGUUAUAGUGUUUUUUCUCUAUCCUGAACUGUUGCAUGUUGAACAGUUUGAUCAUGAUUAGAUAUAGACAUAUACUUACUGCGCACAGUUUACGCACUCUGUCGUGCGCCCAAGAAUAACCUUUUCAAUUACGCGCAGGACGCAUUCCAUAUUAAAUCUACAAAUCAUUAAUGUGAAUUAAAACAAGCUGACUGGCAGGUAUGUACUAAUUCACACACUACUUGAUUUUUCAGUGUGUGAACGGGCCUGUGCUCCGUAGCGUCGUGGUGUUUCUGUUGUUGGGUGUCUCCUACAGUAAACGCAGGUGCAACUACACGGAGAUACUCACCUCGUACAGAGAACUAAUCUUCGUUGAACUUCAGAAUUUGGUAUGUGGGCCUUCAGAUCGUUGAAAGUGUGAUACUGUUGUUGACAAGAUCAAAGUGGCUUUAUCUCAAACUUAACUAUACGUUUUAUCUUUAUUCAUUUAUUCUACCUGUUAUAUUGUCAGAUGCAAAAUUCACACCUGAGAAAAACCUAUUCAAUAAGACUGGCACUAGUUUGAGCCUACACAAAUAUAAUGCAGGGCAAGUCUGUACAGUGGAAUACUUGUUUUUGACUGCCUUCACUGGUUUGCCUUAUGAAUGUUAUAUCAUUUUAUUGUCUAACAUACAUGUUUGCUUUCUUGGAACAGAAUCUGACAGGCACUUUUGACACACCCAAAGAGAGGGACCAUUGUCCCUCAGGAAAGGUAGUGUGUGUGUGUGUGUGUGUGUUUAGUUUUACUAUCCUUGUGGGGACCAGAAGUCCUCACAAGGAUAGUAAAACAAUGAAAAUUCAGACAAGUGGGGACAUUUCGCAGGUCCCCACAAGGAAAAAGGCUAUUUUAGGCUUACGGGUUAGGUUUGGGGUUAAGGUUAGGGUUAAGGUUAGGGUUAAGGUUAGGGGCUAGGGAAAAUAGGAUUUUGAAUGGGAAUCAAUUGUUUGCUCCCACAAGGAUAGUAAAACAAAUGUGUGUGUGUCUGUGUGUGUGCCCCUCUGUGAAAACAAUUACCCCUUGCCUUUUACUCCAAUUACAACUUUGUUUGAGUGAUUGAUUGAAUGAAUUAUUGAUUUCUUGAAUGUAUGAAAUAAAAAUGUGCAUUGCAAAUGACAACACAAUCAAUUUUACAAAAUGUAUCUCCAAUGUGUUUCUCUUAUUUGACAGUAGGCCUAAUAAUGCACUGUUUUCCUAUGCUUCAUAAUGCAGGUGCAGCACGUGUUGCGCUCCAUCCAUGGUAUGACGGAGCAGUUCCUGUGCCAGGGCUGGGACCAGGACCACGGGCGUGGCAGCAGACAGCAGGGAGGCAUGGAGAAGCCAGUGGAGAUGAUGGUAGUGCUGAUCAGACAGAACUGCAGGCACACUGACCUGGUGAGGCUGCUUUAAAGACAGGGCUGGGUUUCAUUAUGGUUCUGGCAAAAUAUUUUUGUCACUUACAAUUUUGUAUUUUUUAUAAUGAUAGUAAACGUGUAUAAAUUAGGUAUAUCAGUUAACGAUGAUGUAAUGAGAUGAGACGGAUCCUCAAUGUUUUGCCUUUGCUUUCUUUCAGGUGAGAAGACAGAAGUGUGUGACUUCCCAGAGAACAAAGGGAAAGAAGAGGAAGAGGAUGAGACUCAUCAGGGCACUGAUAAACUGUUGGCAGAAGCUGCAGAGUGUGUAA